CAUUUAUUCAUUUACUGUAUUUACGCAUUUACUCUCUUUAUGUCUUGUGCUAACAAUUGUUCUUUUUGUAGGCAUGGCUUCAUCCGGUUCCAGGACGAGGCCGGCGUGCGCGGACCAAGAGGACAUGCCGAAGACGUGGAUGGAGGCCAGUUUGGACAAGGAGAAGGAGAAGGAUGUGCCCACACCAUCAUGUUGGUGUGGUGAUGUUUGCAAGCUGAAGGUGUCCACUGACCGCAACAAGUCAUGGACAGAAGGUAGAAGGUUUUUCGUGUGUCCCAACUAUGCACAUGAUCGUCGAAGGCCAACUAACGCAUAUGACAUACCACCGUCCCCUCCUCCACUUUGCAAGUACUUCACUUGGAUAGAUCACGAGGUACCAAAAGAUGUCCAAGAGGACCAACGUCGAGAUUGGUUACGGAGGCAGCGCCUAUUCGAGGAGUCCUAUGCACGGGGAUUGGAGCGGGAGCGUCGUGAGAAGGAGGCUCGUGAGCGCAAGAAGCGUGAGGAAGAGAGGGCACGCAAAGAGAAGGAGGCUCGUCAAGAAGAGAGGGCAAGAAAACUUGCAAGGGCUCGCGAUGCACAAGAGGAGGACGAGGCACGUGACAAGAAGGGAAAGUGGCCCCGUACUACUCAGUAGACAAAUGGAAAAGGCACCGACAUCGAUGAUGGACUUUCGAGACUUUGUGUGUGAUGAACUUGUCAUUCGAGACCUUGUGUGAUCAUGAACUAUUUAUGUCAUUUGACACAUCGUGUGUGAUGAACUUGUAAUUCGAGACUAUUUGAGAUUAUGUGCAAAC